GGGAGUCGCGAAUUCUCUCGUUCGGUGCUGCUCGUCUACGCUGCUGCACUCGUAUUCUUUAUGCAAGCCGGCUUCGCCAUGCUCUGUGCCGGAGCCGUCCGGAAAAAGAACGUGCAGAACACCAUGCUCAAGAACUUGUUGGACGCCUGUGGAGCCGCCGUCGCCUUUUUCAUCGUGGGCUACGCUAUAGCCUUUGGAGGCAUGGAACCGGAAUCGCCCAACAAGACAUUUCUCGGGAACACCAAUUUCUUUUUAAUGGGAGUGGACGAUUUGGCCUUUUGGUUGUUCCAGUACGCCUUUUCCGCUGCCUCUGCAACCAUCGUCGCGGGAACUUUGGCCGAGCGCUGCCAAAUGGUUGCCUACUUGUGUUACUCCGUAAUGUUGACGGGAUGGGUCUAUCCGAUUAUCGCGCACGCGAUUUGGUCACCCAACGGUUGGCUCUCCGCCAGUUCCGUGGAUCCGCUAUGGGGUGUCGGCAUGGUCGAUUUCGCCGGCUCGGGAGUAGUGCACAUGACUGGAGGCGUUACCGCCUUGUUCGCCACUCUCAUACUCGGACCUCGCCGUGGACGGUUUCACGAUGAAACCGGACGCCGGCUCGACAAACCAAAAUCCUUUCCCGGACACUCCGUGGCCUUGCAGAUGCUCGGUACCUUCAUUCUCUGGUUUGGUUGGUAUGGAUUCAAUUGCGGUUCGGCGUUACUCAUCGACAAGCCCGGUGCUAACGAUAUUGCCGCCUUGGCGGGCGUCAAUACGACACUUUCUGCCGGAGUCGCUGGGAUAGUUGCACUCUUUGUCAACCUCUGGUACCUCGAGCGAACAACCGGAGAACCUUUUUUUGAUUUGACCUACGCCAUGAACGGAUCCCUUUCGGGUCUCGUGGCCAUCACAGGAGGUUGCGCUGUUCUCGAGCCCUGGGCGGCAGCGGUCACUGGAGUCGGUGCCGGUAUCUUGUACAUGGUUGGAUCACGAGGUUUGGUCAUGUUGCGAUUGGAUGACGCGGUUGACGCGAUUCCCGUUCAUUUUGUGAACGGGGCCUGGGGUCUCAUGUCGGUCGGAUUGUUCGCGUCACCAGCACGCUUGCUGGCCGCGUACGACAACGACGCUCAUCCUGGAUGGUUCUAUUCCCUACGAAACGGCAAAUCGGACGGGCGUUUGGUUGGAGUUCAGCUGGUAGGCAUUGUAUUUAUCGUGGGAUGGGUCAUGGUGAUUAUGUUGCCCUUCUUCAUUUGGUUGGAUUGGAAGGGAUGGUUCCGGUCGGAUCCUUUGGAAGAAAUUGUGGGAUUGGACACGUCGUACCACGGUGGUCUCGCU